UUUUACAGUCCGUUUUAAAACUGAGCCUAAAGCUAAUCUGUUCGUGUGCAGAAGAAAUGGCUCCUGCUAUUUUGGGAGCGAAGAGACGUUCUGCUCUCAUUUCAGACAUAAAAGGCAAGAGCAUUCAUCAGCUGGAGGGUGUGCUUGUGAGCCAGGCAUUGUUGACUUUGCUCUGUGUGUUGGCUUCUGAACAAAGGCACUGCUGAAAAGGUUUGCAGUGGAGAAAGUCUAAUCUACCAGCUCAUAAAACUCUGAGUGUCAGCCAUCAAAACACCGUGAGACUCUGGCUUAGUAUAAAUUGUGUGGCAGUCUGCAGCACUGGAGACCAGAGAAGCAGAAAGAACCUUGUUCCUGAGUGAAGCAACUGAUGCGUACUUUCCUUCACCAGACUGUGACCAAAGCAUCCUUAGGUUCACAAAAUGACGUGAGAGAUUUUGGCAACACCGAGUAAAGGGAAGGCAGCCACUGCUACUAAUGGUUUAUCCAUCUACCAACUGUGCAGCCCAGCUGCCCUUCUCCAGAAAGGCCAGCUCACUGUGUGAUUUUUGUGAAGACCAGCUCUCAGGCUUUCUUGCUCUCCAUUUGGCUCUUGCCUUGGGUUGCUGACUGUCUGACCCCUUUGGAUCGAGUAACUGCAUGUAAGGAUUUCACUUUUAAAGGAUGCAAAGAGAAGGUGCCAUCAUGUGAAUGUGAAACAGCUAAAUGAGAAACGGGACACCUGAGAAGGCUGAGCUGAAACUGCUUGUGCACAAAACAACAGACUGAUUUGCUGUUGGAGACGAGAUUCUGGAAACCUUGCUCCUCCAAAGCUUUCUGAGUGAGAGGAGAGAAGCCCGAGGAAGCAGACUAAAGAGCGAUGGGAAUUGAGGGCCAUGGUUACCUGAGAUAAAUGGCAGAUCUCUGGGAGUCUCGCCUUGUAGCUGUUUGCUUUAGCUUUUUCCUUCUCUGCAGCUGCGCUUUCUUUUUCGUGAGCUGCUGCUGGGUACUGCCACGGCGGCACUGGAGGUUCCAAGGAGGGUGCAGAGCGUGAGGAGGGGGUGAGCCGCCCGCCUCACCAUGAUUCAGCUGUGGAAAGUGGUGCGGCACGUGCGACAGCUGGAGCUCCACAGAUUGAUCCUGCUGCUCAUUGCCUUCAGCCUCAUCUCCAUGUGCAUCCUGGCUUAUUACGUCACUAACAGCCCCAAAAUCAAGGAGCCGCCCCCGCUGCCCUUCAGUGACUGCAGCAACCAGCAGCGCAUCUUGAUCCCACCGCAAGCCAGCUGGAGGCUCACGAAAUCCGUGGACACCUCGCGCACGGAUCCUGUGGUGCUCGUCUUCGUGGAGAGCAUUUACUCCCAGCUGGGGCAGGAAAUAGUGGCCAUCCUGGAAUCCAGCCGGUUUAAAUACAGGACAGAGAUCGCCCCUGGCAAAGGGGAUAUGCCCACCCUGACAGACAAAGACAGAGGACGCUAUGCUCUAAUUAUCUAUGAGAACAUCCUUAAAUAUGUGAAUCUAGAUGCUUGGAACCGAGAGCUGCUGGACAAAUACUGUGUGGAGUAUGGAGUGGGGAUUAUAGGCUUUUUCAAAGCUAACGAGAACAGCCUGCUCAGUGCACAGCUCAAGGGUUUCCCCCUUUUCCUACAUUCCAACCUGGGGCUGCGGGACUAUCACAUCAAUCCCAGUGCUCCCCUGCUCUACGUCACCCGGGCUAACGAGGUGGAGCAGGGUCCUCUGCCUGGCGAUGACUGGACUGUGUUUCAGUCAAACCACAGCACCUAUGAGCCGGUGCUGUUGGCCAGCACGAAAUCCUCGGAGUCCAUUCCCCACCUGGCCACUCACAAAGCGUUGCAUGCCACAGUGAUGCAGGACCUGGGUCUGCAUGAUGGGAUCCAGCGGGUUCUCUUCGGCAAUAACCUCAAUUUUUGGCUGCACAAACUCAUUUUCGUGGAUGCCAUUGCCUACUUGACUGGCAAACGCCUCUGUCUCACACUCGAUCGCUAUAUCCUCGUUGACAUCGAUGAUAUAUUUGUGGGAAAAGAGGGCACUCGCAUGAAAGUGUCUGAUGUAGAGGCUUUACUGAGCACCCAGAAUAAGCUGAGAACUUUAGUCCCAAAUUUCACCUUCAACCUGGGCUUCUCAGGGAAAUUCUACCACACAGGUACAGAUGAGGAAGAUGAAGGGGAUGACAUGCUGCUCAAGCACAGGAAGGAGUUCUGGUGGUUCCCUCACAUGUGGAGUCACAUGCAGCCUCAUCUUUUCCACAAUGUCACUGUGUUGGCUGAGCAGAUGAAGCUCAACAAGCAGUUUGCUGUGGAGCAUGGGAUUCCCACAGACUUGGGCUAUGCUGUAGCCCCCCAUCAUUCUGGGGUUUAUCCUGUCCACACACAACUCUAUGAGGCAUGGAAAUCUGUCUGGAGCAUCCAAGUAACGAGCACAGAGGAGUACCCACACCUACGGCCUGCCCGCUACCGCCGUGGAUUCGUCCAUAAUGGAAUCAUGGUUCUGCCUCGACAGACCUGUGGUCUUUUUACUCACACUAUCUUCUAUAAUGAAUAUCCUGGUGGUUCCAAGGAGCUGGACAAGAGCAUUCGAGGUGGUGAACUCUUCCUGACGGUGCUUCUGAACCCAAUCAGCAUCUUCAUGACCCACCUGUCCAACUACGGGAAUGACCGUCUGGGACUGUACACUUUUGAGAGCCUGGUCAAGUUUGUGCAGUGCUGGACCAACCUUCGGCUGCAAACAUUGCCUCCAGUCCAACUUGCAAAAAAGUAUUUUGAAAUCUUCCCACAGGAGAAGAAUCCUUUGUGGCAGAAUCCCUGUGAUGAUAAAAGGCACAAGGAUAUCUGGUCCAAAGAGAAAACAUGUGAUCGACUCCCCAAGUUCCUCAUCGUGGGACCUCAGAAAACUGGCACAACAGCUGUGCACUUCUUCUUGACCAUGCAUCCAGCUGUCACCAGUAACUUCCCAAGUCCAUCCACCUUUGAGGAGAUCCAGUUUUUUAAUGGCCCAAACUAUCACAAAGGAAUUGAUUGGUACAUGGAAUUCUUUCCCAUUCCCUCCAAUGCCAGCACAGACUUCAUGUUUGAGAAGAGUGCCAAUUACUUUGACACAGAGGUGGUACCAAAACGUGGUGCAGCCCUGCUGCCUCGAGCCAAAAUCAUUACUGUUCUCAUCAACCCUGCCGACCGAGCCUAUUCAUGGUAUCAGCACCAGCGUGCUCACAAUGACCCUGUGGCACUCAAUUACACCUUCUACCAAGUGAUCUCUGCCAAACCCCAGGCCCCUCAGGACCUUCGCAACCUGCAGAGCCGAUGCCUGUUUCCUGGCUGGUACUCCACCCACCUGGAGCGCUGGCUGACGUACUAUCCCUCGGGGCAGCUUCUCAUUGUGGAUGGUCAGGAGCUGAGACACAACCCUGCCUCUGUAAUGGAUAACAUCCAGAAGUUCUUGGGAGUUUCGCCACUCUUCAACUACACCCAGGCCCUCAGAUUUGAUGAAGCAAAAGGCUUUUGGUGCCAGCUGCUAGAUGGAGGAAAGACUAAAUGCCUAGGAAAGAGUAAAGGAAGGAAAUACCCUGAUAUGGAUUCCUUGUCACGGCUCUUUCUAAGAGACUUCUACCGGGAGCACAACAUUGAAUUAUCCAAACUGAUGAACAGACUUGGGCAGCCCCUUCCAACCUGGCUCCGAGAGGAACUGCAGAACUCCAGCUGGAGCUGAGAGGGACUCCCUUGCCCCCAGUGCCAUUGGGAUGUGUGGUGCUCCAAACAUGCUAUGAUGCCAUCAUUUGUCUUUUGUCAAGCCAAAACAACUGGACAAAGGAGCAGGAGCAGAGAAUGUGCAUGUGGAGCCUUGCCCCACCCUUGGAAAGAGCUGCUGCCUCUGAUACUGCCUUGGGGCAGAGCGCCCAAGUCACAUUCUUGAGUAUUAAUGGUGUGCUACUACACUUCCACUUUUACUUACAGGAAGGAUUUGGAAUGCCUGCCCUACUUUGAGCAGGUGAGAGAGCAGAGUUAACACUUUGUGUCUUUUUAAAUUACUUUUCUCAGUCUUUGAAAGGCUCGAGCUAAGGUGUUGCUCCUCUGAGCCCACAAGUUAAGGCUGAAGAGCAGAAACAAUUGAGCCCACUGCUGAGAAAAGAGCAGCAGCCUAAUAAAAGGGGAAUCUAGUGCAGUGAAGGCCAGCUUUUAUCCCCGGUCAGUUUGGCACAGCGAGGCCCAAGAGCGCCUUGUCCCUGCCCGUUGCUUACAGUGCCGCUGCGAGGGGAUGGCGGGGACGGCGAGAGACAGGUACCCCGGUCUCUCCCUCUCUGCACUGCUUUGGGUGUGAUCCAGUGUCUGGAGACUCUGCUCCACGGAUUGCUUUGUUAGCUUAGAGAAAAGGUUUGCCACAUGUGGCAACGUGGCAGGCAUUUCUCUGCAGGGACUUUAGACAUUUGAAAAGAUAACCAAGGAGCAGUAAUGUCCCUGUAGAGCACUUGGGAGGUGUGUGUAAGUUCAGCACAUCAGCAGGAGGAGGCAAAGCUCAGGUAUUGUAAAUUAAGGCUGAUGAUACAGAUGAAAGCAGGCAGUUCAGUUCCCCAUAUCGGAUCAGCUUAAAAAAAAAAAAAUCCCUUUCCAACAGCUUCAGUGCCCCUAUCCCCCAGUCUACUUCCUAGCACUGUUUUAAUCUUGCACUCCAACAAUCCAAGGAGAAAAGCAAGAGAGAAAAAAAAAAGACAAGAAAAAAACAGUUAAAACUUGUUUAGAUAUAAAGGGAAGGCUGCACCAGAAGUGGUUUCCUAUGCCCAAAAGGGGCAAGUAAGUGCUCUAAUGUGUUUUGCCUCCUCCUGCAGUUGCUGGACAAUUAUUCUCAGAGGAAAUCCUCCAGCAUGGUUGUAUAUAUUUUCUUUGAGUCAUGGGCUUCUGGAAUGGCAUGGGCCAUCCCCUCCUUCCCAGGCACCGGUGGUCCUUGGAGAGUGCUGCAGAGGGGCAGGAUCCACAUGAACAGGUUAUGGAAACUUCCACAACUGUCACGAGCCACCUCUCUCCCAGCCAGAGAGAAGUUGCUUCAACUGAGCUUUUCCAUUGAGCCUUAGGUCUUGUGUAUUUCUGAAUGAAUGGUGCAUUUACCGUUGUAUGUAAAUGUAAAUAUUAUGCAAUAUAGUAUUUUAUUUCAUGUGCCCUUGGAAAGGGUUAUUUUGUGCAGCCAAAAAAAUGGAUGGAAAGACUAGAAACCCCUCUCUCAUUCCUGCUGGAGAGAAAAGCCCAACUUCCUGCACUUGAUUCAUGUACAGCAUCAUUCACAUUGAAUGACAAUGAAGAAAUUCUUGGCUCUCGAAGCUGAGCACAUGUGUCUGAAUAAAGGUUAGAAGUAGUAGUAAGUGGAGAUUCAAUAAAUGUACUACUUAUUUUUCUUCUUUGUCAUGAUUUGCAGUGGUGUCAUGGACCUCAAGCUGGUACAAGGGUAAGAAAAAC